AUGAUGCUGAAACGACCAGUGAGGGAAGGGGGUGAGGAAGGUUCUGAACUUCCAACUCGCGAAUUUAAACGUCGGCAUUUUCUUGCAACUGUUUUCGGAGAGUUGGAGAAUAGUCAGGCUGUUGAAGAAUUUGUGCAUAAAUUUGAACCCUUCUUUCGAAAUGUGGUGCGAGAAGAGGUUGAACGUGCAAUCCAUCCAUUUCUGAGACCCUCACAAAAUCAAAUCGAGAGCUCUGGAUCUAGAACAUGUCAGCUGCGCUUUGAUUGUGAAUUGCCUGAUACUAUUUUCACGGGCAAUAGGAUCCUAUCCGAGGACAGAGGACCUGUCAAAAUAGUUCUGUAUGAUGCUCGUUCAAAUAGCAUAAUAACAUCGGGACCCCUAUCUUCACUAAAGGUCGAUGUUGUUGUUCUUGAUGGUGAUUUUAGUCCCGAUGAUCAAAACAACUGGACACAGAGAGAGUUUGAGAGUAAAAUUGUUCCAAAUAGAGAAGGAAAAAGGCCAUUGCUGACUGGAGAAUUGACAGUCCAUUUGAAAGAGGGAGUAGGUUAUAUUGGUGAAGCCAACUUCACUGAUAAUUCAAGCUGGAUUAGGAGUGGGAGAUUUAGGUUGGGUGUGAAAGUGAAUGCUAAUUCCACUAUUAGGGAAGGAAUAAGCGAAGCCUUCAAAGUAAAAGAUCACCGCGGAGAGUCAUACCAGAAACACUACCCUCCAUCCUUGGAUGAUGAAGUAUGGCGCUUGGUAAAGAUAGCUAAAGAUGGUCCAUCCCAUAAAAGGUUGGCUCAGAAUGGUAUAUCCUCUGUCAGAGACUUUUUGAGGUUACACUUCAGAGACCAGUCUUCACUACGCACUAUACUCAACAUCUCAAACAAGAAGACGUGGGAUACAAUCAUCGAGCAUGCUACAAAUUGCAAUCUGGAUUACGGAUUUUACUUGUAUGUUGGUGCACAUGAAAUUAGGCUUUUAUUCAACUGCGUCUACAAGCUUGUGGGAGCUACUUUUGAUGGACAAAAUUACCUUCCCUUGGAUGAACUCAAUGUAUAUCAGAUGCAAGUGGUGGAAAAUCUGAAGCAGCAUGCUUAUAGAAACUUAAAGGACUUGGUGCCCAUCAAUGAUCAAUCAGCUGUUGGCUACCCGAUGCUAUUGCCUAGUGUGGGAGUGGACAAUCCUAACUGUCCUACUUCGUAUGUGCAUGCUAAUUUUCCAGUUCAACAAGAAAUGCAGAUGAACCCUGCUCAUCCAACAAUUUCACUACAUAAUUACGAAGUGGAACGAGAAUAUAGUCCAUUUGAAGUGUCUUUUGGAGAGAGUUCUUGUCAAAUGCAAGGAUUUAAUUCGACGUCCGGAAACAAUUUGGGGAUGAAUAAUUCUCAGAGCGAAUCCUAUAUGGGAGCAGAUACUUGGGCUUCUGGAGGUAAUUAUGUGGGCUCAUAUAUGUCAAUUAACGAUCCAAGUGCCGAUAAUCUUCUGGUUAAGUCCUCAGCAUUCCAGGGGAAUGAAUUGUUUCUGGGUUCAACCACCCAAGAAAUGGGCACUUUCUCUUCCAAUCAUGGAAUUCAUUUCCCCAGGAACAGGAAGCACAAAACAAGAUGGUGUAAGGUUCUGGCUGUGGUUAAGUGGCAUUUGGUUGGGAGGAACGUGGCUGCAAGAAAAUUGAAGCAACUCUACGGCUAUAUGUAA